AUGGUCUCUUUGCGGGCUUAUAUGAAUCCCAUAGCUAUGGCCAGAGCGCGAGGUCCUGCCCAAAAUUCGGGACCAACAAUACAAGACUACUUGAACAGGCCAAGACCAACAUGGGAAGAAGUGAAAGAGCAACUGGAAAAGAAAAAGAAAGGAUCCAGGGCUUUGGCUGAGUUUGAAGAAAAGAUGAAUGAGAAUUGGAAGAAAGAACUGGAAAAACACAGGGAGAAAUUACUGGGUGGAAACGAGAGUUCCUCCAAAAAGAAAGAGUUGUCUUCAUCUUCCUCUUCUUCAUCAAGCUCUGAUUCUUCCAGCAGUUCAUCUGAUUCAGAAGAUGAGGAUAAAAAGCAAGGAAAGAAAAGAAGGAAAAAGAAGUACCGUUCCUCACGGAAAUCUUCAGCGAGCUCAACUUCUGAAUCUGAGUCAGACAGCAAGGACAGCACAAAAAAGAAGAGAUCAAAGGAAGAUUAUGAAAAAGAGAAG